AAACCUCAACUUACUCACCACACCACACUUCAACAAACACUUCUUCCUUUCAAUAACCAAAACCCCUCUCUCUCUCUCUUUCUCUCUCCAAUCUCUCUCUAACCAUGACAACCCACAUUGAUAAUCUCUGGAUUUUUGCUCUUGCUUCCAAAUUCACACAUGAAAACAUUGUUUACUCACUUUUGAUCAUGGCUUUACUCUGGUUAACCAUGAAUUUCUUUUACUGGUCUCACCCUGGUGGUCCUGCUUGGGGAAAGUACUAUUAUUCCAACAACAACAACAAAAACCAAAACAAAAACAACCUUAAUUCUUCCUCUCAAAUAUUCAUUCCUGGUCCAAAAGGGUACCCUUUAAUUGGAAACAUGAAUCUCAUGUCUUCUUCAUUAGCACACCAAAGAAUUGCUUCUACAGCUAAAACAUGCAAAGCUACAAGACUCAUGGCUUUUAGUCUUGGAGACACACGUGCCAUAGUCACGUGCAAUCCUGAUGUAGCCAAAGAGAUUCUUCAUAGCUCUGUUUUCGCUGAUCGUCCUAUUAAAGAAUCUGCUUACUCCCUUAUGUUCAAUAGAGCAAUCGGUUUUGCUCCUUAUGGUGUUUAUUGGAGAACCCUUCGAAAAAUUUCGACUAAUCAUCUUUUCUCACCCAUGCAAAUCAAAUCAUCUGGGCCGCAAAGAACUGAAAUUGCAGCCCAGAUGAUUGACUUGUUUCGUAAUCGAAACUGCGGUUUCGGUGUUCGCGAUGUUUUGAAAAAAGCAUCGCUGAACAACAUGAUGUGCUCUGUUUUUGGACAGAGAUUUAAGAUUGAUGAAGUUAAUAAGAAAAUGAUGGAACUAAGUGGAUUAGUUGAACAAGGUUAUGAUUUAUUGGGUAGUCUUAAUUGGGGUGAUCAUCUACCUUUUUUGAAAGAUUUUGAUGUUCAGAAAAUCCGGUUCAAUUGUUCUGAAUUAGUUCCUAAAGUGAACCGGUUUGUUGGUUCAAUUAUUUCCGACCAUCGAGCCGACAUAAACCAAACCAACAAGGAUUUUGUUCAUGUUUUGCUCAAUCUUCAAGAACCUGAUAAAUUGUCUGACUCCGACAUGGUUGCUGUCCUCUGGGAAAUGAUAUUUAGAGGGACCGACACAGUGGCUGUUUUGAUAGAAUGGAUACUAGCGAGGUUGGUGCUUCAUCCAGACGUGCAGAGGAAGGUACAAAAGGAGCUUGAUGAGGUGGCAAGCGGAGACGCACGUGCGUUUACGGAGGAGGAUGUGGCGGCAACGGUUUAUUUACCUGCAGUGAUUAAGGAGGUUUUAAGGCUACAUCCACCGGGUCCACUACUUUCGUGGGCCCGAUUAGCUAUCACUGAUACGACAAUUGAUGGGUAUCAUGUGCCAGCAGGGACUACAGCCAUGGUAAACAUGUGGGCCAUAGCUAGGGACCCGAAUGUUUGGAGGGACCCACUUGAAUUUAAUCCCGAUAGGUUUGUGAACGAAGGGGCGGAAUUUUCAGUUCUCGGAUCGGACCUAAGGUUGGCUCCAUUUGGGUCGGGUAGAAGAAGUUGUCCGGGGAAGAAUUUGGGUUUAACUACCGUAACUUUCUGGAUUGCAAAGCUUUUGCAAGAGUUUGAAUGGCUACCGUUGGAAGAUGGGAACGGUGUUGAUUUAUCGGAGGUGCUAAGGCUUUCAUGUGAAAUGGCUAACCCUCUUAUGGUUCAAGUGCGUCCGAGGCGUUAGUUAGUUAGUUAAUUAAGUUGAAAAAAAAGGGGGCUUAAAAACUGCUUUUUUAAGGAAAAAAAAUGAAAACCUAAAAAAGAAAAAGAGAGGUGAAAAAAUGAGAAGCUUUAGCAUGUGGAUGGGGCUUAGUGGCAGAUUUUCGAAUCAACUUGGGCCACUACAUAUGAAGUGAGUGAAUGAAUGAAAGAUACAAGUCAGUUAGAUAGAUUGAAUGUGCCCCUUUCUCUUUAAUUAUUAUGGGUCAUCAGGUUUUCUUCUUUUCUUGUUUUUUUAGUAUUUUCUUUCAUUUGAUAGUCAAGUUUCAAGUCUAAGUUGUCUUAUUAUGAGGAAAAAUCUGUUGGUCUUGUAAAUAUUAUUGCUAAUAUUAAUACAACUUUUAAGUUUACCAGUA